GAUUUUCGCAGUGCGGCGUCGAGGAUGUUAGCGGUGGUCUCGCGUGAUAUAUCUGCAUUCAUUAUUUAAAAUAAUUAUUCUAAGAUAGGUAAUUCAUAAUCAUAUUGUUCUAUAAAUCAAGGAUGAUGCUAAAUACCGCUACCUGCCUGUGCCCAAUACGGGACUAUGGACCGUCCAUGUUGCCAUCCUGCGGGAGCUCGUUCAUUUUAUUUAUGAGCAUCUUGGAAACCUACGUGAAUCGAAGCUGUGACCUCGCCGACCCUUGUGACCGUGUCAAGGAUAGAACCCAAUUGUAUAAAAGUUACGACUUCGUGGUUAUUGGAGGUGGAACAGCCGGCUCGGUUGUUGCUUCUAGACUGUCAGAAAAUCCAAUGUGGAAGGUUCUUCUGAUAGAAGCGGGUGGUGACGAACCUGUUCCAUCAGCAGUACCGAGUUGGUUCGGAGCUUAUUGGGGUCGUCCUGAGACUGAUUGGAUCUAUUACACUGAACCGCAGAGCAAAUCGUGUUUAGCUAAAGGGGGCAAGUGCUAUUGGCCGAGGGGCAAAAUGCUGGGUGGUACGUCAGUUAUAAAUGGUAUGAUGUAUAUGCGAGGUCAUGCAGAGGAUUACGACAGCUGGGCAGCGAACGGCGCUGAAGGUUGGUCUUGGAAGGAAGUUUUUCCAUAUUUCAUUAAGGGUGAAAGAAAUAAAGAAGUGGGAACAGUAGUCUCGCCUCAAUAUCAUGGUGUUAAUGGACCACUACCUGUUCAAAGGUUCCGAUACACUCCACAAUUUAUGAAAGACGUCGUCAAUGCAGCUGGUGAGCUUGGAUAUCCCCCAACCAGUGACUUGAAUGCAGAAAAUGCUACUGGAUUUACCAUCGCGCAGACUUAUAAUGAUCGCGGUUCAAGAUACAGUUCCUCACGAGGUUAUCUACGUCCAGUUUCAAAACGUAUAAACUUGCAUGUUAGUCUUAAAACCAUGGUAUCCAGAGUUAUUGUGAAUCCUGAUACAAAUAGAGUAAUAGCAGUAGAAUACAUUAAAGGAGGUAAAAAGAGGACUGUUGGAGUCAGAAAGGAGGCUAUUAUAAGUGGUGGUACAAUCAAUUCUCCUCAAAUUCUUUUACUCUCCGGAAUUGGUCCAAAAGAAACUUUAGAAAAGUUUAAUAUUCCGGUGAUAAAGGAUUUGCCAGGUGUCGGUCAGAAUCUUAUUAACCACGUUGGGUCUUCGUUUGACUUCACAUUAACAAAGGAAUCCGAUAUUCCUGAAUUAACAUGGUCAACUGCCAUAGAAUACAUUGCAGAAAGGAAGGGACCACUAUCUGCUACUGGAUUGUCACAGGGAGUUAGUUUAAUAAAUUCUCCUAUGGCACCUGCACAUGGGCGACAACCAGAUAUUCAAUACUUCUUCUAUGGGUACAGCGCUCAUUGCACUGAUGGAUCUGUAGCUAAUCAGAAUGACUUGAAGAAUAGGAGGCAUAUCACAAUCUCCCCAAUAGCUCUUCAACCUCGCAGUCGUGGCUACCUCACCCUCAGGUCAGCCGACCCAUUCGAUAAACCCGUAUUGCAGCCUAACUAUUUCGAUGAAGAACAUGAGCUUAAUGUUCUUGUAGAAGCUUCGAAAAUUGCGUACCGAUUGGCUAAUACUACACUCCUUCGCGAAAAAUAUGGUAUCAAACCAACAGAAGGAUACGCGUCUGAAUGUGGAGAUAGUACGCAGCCAACGGAUGAUUUCUUCAGAUGUGUUGCACAGCGGUAUACGGAACCGGAGAAUCAUCAAGUGGGAACGUGUAAGAUGGGAGCGAAGAACGAUAGUAUGGCGGUUGUUGAUCCACAACUACGGGUGUAUGGCGUGGAAGGUUUGCGCGUAAUAGAUGCAUCGGUUAUGCCCAAUGUGCCUACUUCCAAUACACAAGCGCCCGUUAUUAUGAUAGCAGAAAGAGGAGCAGAUUUUAUUAAGAACACCCACCAAAGAUCUUGACAAUUGUUAAAGAAGAUGAAGUAGAACUAAGUAUAUUUAUUAAAUAAUAAUAGCAUUCAAUAUUAAAACCAAAAUGUAUAAAAUUAAUCUGUUUUGCCCCAUUUUUAUCAUUCAAUAAUUUUAUUGAAGCAACGUCUUUUUAUCAGAUUUUUUGUUGAUGGAGAGCAAAACUAUUAAUAAUUGGUUACUGUUUAUGAUUCAUAAGACAAAUAUAUAAAUAACAAUUUAUUUCACAAG